UUCAGUCUUGUAGUUCAAAAAAUCUCUCAGAGAAGGUCCGGAUGUCGAGGAGUUAACUUUAUUUGCUCGAGCCAAACAAAGUGAGAUGUUCAAAGUCAUCUAAAAACCAAGUGUUUUCAGUCUACAGUUAUAGUAAAACUUCUGAAAGGUGGUCCUCUCUAAAACCAAUCAGGUAUUUUCCCGUUAUCUCUUAUUUUUAUUAACCAAUUGUUAAUUGUCUGCCACCAAUAAGUCCCAGGUAACAAGGUACGUAUCUAAUGGUGGUACGCUGGUUAUUACAUCAUUUUUAAAAUAAUUUGCAUACAAUGGUAACUACACGAGACCACCAAACAAGCCACGGUCUCCAUACGAGACGGCGUGGCGUCCGUGCGUAAUCAUGGUUACUUAUAAACAGUGGAAAAUCCCCUGGUUUUAGAGAGAACACAACAGGCUUCAAACUUUAGGCCUCUAAAAACAUCACUGGAUUUUACCUUGUUACAUUGUGCUCAAAUGUGCUUUAAACAUGCAUAAAGUGACAUUAAGUGCAUUUAUAUGAACAAUCAUUGGUUCCAGGUACAGAUUGUGUCAUUAAAUCAUCAAUUCCUCUUCAAAUAAUCAAAUUAUCAUCAUAAACCUACUUAUAUGUAAUUAUUCUUAUUGACUAUGAUUUCAGAUCAACCCAUCUAUGUACUAAUGUUCCUAUGAAUACUUCUCAAUACUUUUUAGGUAUUUUAUCAAGUGCAUUUAUAACUGUGGUGAAAAACAGUGCUCAAUACAUGUAAAAAACAUGUAUAUGUGCCCAGAAAUUACACAAUAGAAGUACAACAGUUCACUUAGCUUUUUUCACAUUUGCUGACAUACCUUGAAAACGGAUAGCCUGAAGUGCUUCUCCUUUUUGGUUGUUGAUGUAUGGCGAAGUGUUUGAAUAAUUAGUCUCAGGUUGUUGAUUGUAAUCCUGUGUGCGAAACGCCAUUGUUCCCUAUGGCGUCGGAUGUAACAGAGCUGGCAGAGAUUUAGGCGGAAGAACAUCAUCGCUCCGUGUGCAUAUACCCCAUUGUAAUGGACAAAAGAAAAUAUUAAUGGCUGGUGGAUGGGGGUGUAAAACCAAUUCCGCUCCUGUGCCUCACUCUUCUCUCGGUUGCCAUGGCCUUGUGUUAUGAGGAUUAAUUAUCCGAGCUAUUACCGGCCUGGCUAUUAGAGGCCAAAUGACUAACUCCAAUUUACCUGUCUAGGGGGGCUGGAAUACAUGUGAAAACCCUAUCAACACACAGAAACAUAUUUAUAGGAGUCUUAAGGGCUCAGCAUAGUCCAGGCGAAUUGCGCUUUCGUUCUGCGUUUGGUGGUAAAACGACGCUCGAAAACGUUGAGAGACGGUAUAGUGUUUUCGAACAACCCAACACCCCUUUGUUUCUGGAGGCGGUGUUUACAUGACGUAUCCAAAUAGCCUCUGUGCACGUGGUCACACAAACAACACACCCACCUAUUACGUAAUGGCCAUGGACCGAUGGUGGCUCGAGGGUGUUUACCGGCCAACACGAACUUUCCUGGAGAGUUCUGUUUGGUUUGCUGCUGUGAACUAGUGAAACGAAUUGUCGUUUGGACCAGAUUUUGUUCGAAAUCAGGUCACAGAUGGUCGUUUUUCGAUUUCGAAUGUAGUAUGCUGAGCCCUUUAGUGUGCUAUGUUAUUUUUUUUAGGAAAAGUUCACACAAGUAGAUAUACUUAUUUUGAUGACUGCAGCCGUGUGUCACGACCUGGAUCAUCCUGGGUACAACAAUACGUAUCAGAUUAAUGCACGCACAGAGCUGGCCGUGAGGUACAAUGACAUCUCCCCUCUGGAGAACCACCACUGUGCUGUGGCCUUUCAGAUAUUCUCUCAGCCAGACUGUAACAUCUUUGCCAACUUCGAUCCUGAAGCUUUCAAACAGAUUCGUCAGCGAACUAUCACUCUGAUACUGGCCACAGACAUGGCUCGACAUGGAGAGAUUCUGGACUCUUUUAAACAGAAAGUGGAUAACUUUGACUUCGCUAAUGAGGAGCAUGUUACUUGUGUGAGCUUUCUUUACAGUACCUACAUGCAAAAGUACAAUGGUAUUACCAUUUUUUAGACAUGUCCCCUCAAGGUCCAUGUAAAUACUACUAUGAUAGGAAUUUGGUAAUCAUUACCAUAAGAUAUAAUCCAGUACCCGCCUAGUAUGUAUAUUGUAGGGGUUGAUGGCCAUGUUUUAAACCGUUUUUGAAACUAUAAAACUGUUUUUUUCACCUUAAAAGGGAGGGUUAUUUUCAACAUGCUGGGUCAAAAUGGGGACACAAAUUAACUUGUGUCAACCCAGAAUUCUGGCUUUGUCCCUUUUUGACCAACUGCAAAUAAACCAUUUUAUUUAGAGUGGGUGGUACAUGUUAAAAAAUGAAACACUGACACCAUAUGUACACACUUAAAUCACAAAAAUGUAUGUUGAAAAAUUUUUGAAAUCAGAAAUAAUUUAUUACACUUAGACAAGACUGUUGGUCAUUUUGGAACAGACUGUUUGAAGGGCAAUGAAAGAAACCAGCUUAAUUACGCCUAAAAGUCUAUUGCCCGGUUUCAGAGGCUUGGCUUAAGCCAGGACUAAGCCUUAGUUGAAUUAGGAUAUUUAGGUUGCUUUAAAAAAAAAAUGCUUUAGAAAAAAAAAAAACAUUACUAUUGUGCAUCUUGAGAAGCAAUGAUGAACAAUAAACAAGAUAUUUUAAGGGAAGUCAUUUUUUUAGUUAAGACAGCUCAAACAUUAAUUUUAGUCUGUGGCUAGUCUUAAACCUUGUCUGUGAAACCGGUCAUAUACAGCAGCAGAAAAAAUCUAAGAGACAAUU